CCUCCCCAUAAACUUAGCCAAAAAGCAAGGAAUGUAUAAUAAAAAUAUCCUUAUGAGCACACAAAAUCAUAUCAUGCAAUCCAAACCUCAAACAUUUUUGUUUUUGUUAUCCACAUAGACUGCAUCAUCUUCUCCUCUGCAGUCUCAUCCCCAAUGGCAUUCACCGUAGCAGCCACUGGUAGUGGCGCUUCUAGUGGCGGUGCUGCAAUCCUCUGCGGCAACUCCACCACCGCCACUCCGUACACACCUCUCUCCCACCUCGCUCUCCCAUCAUCAUCAUCACGAACAAGAAGAAGCCUUCAUUUGGUCUCUGCCAAGAAGCUCUCCCGCCCCCGCCGCUCCGACUUGAACAUACCUGAAACCACCACUACCAUCGCCGAUCAGGAACCGCAGUGGACGGCGGAGAUUGGCGCCGGCACAGGGAAUGAUGGGUACCCCGAUCGGGCGCUUCCGGGCAGUGAAGUGGAUUUCUUUGAAGGGCCCCAGUGGGAUACAGUUGGCUUGAUGGGCGAGUAUCUGUGGGUUGCUGGUGUUGUUUUUGCGAUACUUGCUGGCUUGUUUGGUGCCGCAAAUUAUAAUCAAGGAGCAUCAGAUUUUAAGGAUACUCCUGCAUACAAGGAAUCUGUUCAGUCUAGAGAACUUUUAGAACAACCCGAUGCAUCUGACUCUGAUGUAUUCGAGUCCAAUCCCACAGAGGUGGCUCCUAGUUUGGAGUAGACCAUCCGUAGAUACUGCAGACACACCUUAUUUUAGCAUAUAAAUCCAGGUGAAUGAAUCCAAAGUUAGUUGCACUCAAUUUGUAAGGCAAUGCUUCUGUUUACAUAUACCCUUUUAAAAUGUAUCAAUUCUGAGGCAAACCAAUUGAACUUGUAAUAUGUGGAGAUGUAUUACAUGUUUGGAUAUGCAUUAGAUUGGUCAAAUUGAUUCCUCAUUACUAGAA